AGUUAUCAAGGACAAUGUUAUCAGUUCAACACCGGUACAAGUUAACUUGGAUGGAUGCCGCUGGGGAGUGCGCUAAAACUGGUUCGCACCUUGUUUACAUUGAUUCAAGCAAUGAGGACAGAUUUGUAGUAAACAAUCUCAAACCUUUGGUUGAUGAAAGUAACGGAAGGGACUAUUUGACCUCAGUCUGGACAGGUGGAGCUGAUGACCAAGUGGAAGGGUCCUGGGUAUGGUACGGAAAUGACCAGCCUAUCUUGGAAUAUACAAACUGGUAUCCGGGUCAGCCUGACAGCGGAAGUGGCGAUCAUGAUGAAGAUUGUAUAUGUCUUGUUGGAAACCAUGGUUACCUUUGGCAAGAUCAUAAAUGUACAGAGAAAAUGUAUUGGGUUUGUGAAAUGACGGAUAGUGCAACAGCAGUGGUUGGAUAAAUAAAUUGCAUCGGCUAAAAGAACACAGUCAAGAUUAAACACAUGUAAUCGUCAAUACACUAUUAUUCUUAUUAAAAAAUCACAACACAGUUGUUAGUCUCGGCGUCUUCUU